AUGCGACCAUUCGUUCAAUCGCUCCAUUGCCGAGACUUCCGACUACUAGAGAGUAUCGCUCGCUCGCGGCCGUUCCUUAUACCCUACAAUCAGCAUCGAGAAACUAUCAAGCCGACCGGCAAGCCAUGGCUCCCUACCCAAGGUCAGCGGAGAGGAGCAAAAUCGGUGUCAAGGAAGAAGGUGAAGGAAUUACAACAGGGUACGAUCCAGGCUGAACCUCUCCCCGACCUGCCUGCCGAUGAUGAGCCCCAGUACCCGACGGUGCUCCAAGGCGCGAAAUCCAACAUGGCCAAAUUUGACAACUGCGUCCUGCUCACGCGAGUCGGCAAUUUCUACGAAUUGUACUUCGAACAGGCGGAAGAAUAUGGGCCUCUCCUAAACCUCAAGGUCGGCCACAAGCAGACCAAGCUCGGUCCUGUUGCAAUGGCGGGCUUCCCCUUUUUCCAGUUGGACAGGUUUUUGAAAAUGCUUGUACAAGAUCUCAACAAAUACGUUGCCAUAUGCGAAGAAUUCUUGGUCCAGGCCUCUGGCAAGGUCAAAUCAGGUGGUCUCAAACACGACCGUCGUGUGACAAGAGUGAUUACUCCGGGAACAUUGAUCGAUGAGAAGUUCCUCGAUCCAUACGAGUACAAUUUCCUACUAUCUGUUCACCCGGAACCAAUGGUCACCGACCCGAACAAUGGUAGCAUUCCGGAAGCUCCAAAGCCUGAACCUGAGCAGAAGAUCGGUCUUGCUUGGCUGGAUCUAUCCACCGGUGACUUCUACACGCAGACCACUGGCCGUGGCUCAUUGUCUUCGGCAUUGACCAGAAUCGAUCCCCGGGAGAUCAUUCUGCCUUCUGACGUUUCUGAAGAAAUUCACAAUGAGGUGCAGAAAAUCGUUGGUUAUGAUCAUCGACUCCUGACAGUGCACGAGACGAAGGGUGUCUUUGUAUCCAUGACAGAGUGGAACGAGAUGCUCGAGUCCCCCGUUCCUGAAAAUUCAGACAGGGUCUUUAGCACAGCAGAAAAAAAUGCUGGUCACUGGCUUCUGGACUAUGUCCGCCAGCGGCUGCAGGGUUUGCAACUUCGGUUGCAGCCUCCACGUCAGAGGGAGCUCCAGGCCAUUCUGAAUAUUGAUCGCAAUAGUCUAAGGGGCUUGGAGAUUCUGGAAACCUCACGAGAUGGUCUUGGGAAAGGCGGUUUGUUUCAUGCCGUCAAGAGGACCUCAACUAAAAGCGGUGCUCGUCUUCUCCGAGACCGUCUCACAUCGCCAUCAGCGUCUCUGAGUGAGAUCAAUGACCGGCUUGACCUGGUGUCAGUGUUUGUUGAAAAUGAGGAAUUGACGGAAUCUUUGAUCUUUCGUCUUCGACGAACAUUUGAUGUCCAACGUAUUGUUCAAAAGUUUGCCCUGAACAAAGGAGAUGCUGAUGACAUGCUCUCGCUAGCGAGCGCCAUCGCUGAAACCAUUGCAACGAAUGAGCUUUUGAGUUUAUCGGAACGAGAUUUGAAGAUGGCGGAGACCCAUGGGCUGAAUCAAGCAAACGUGAUACUUCCUCUGCAGAGGCUGUUACGACGUUUUGAGCUGCAAGGGCCGACUGAGCUUCAAUCUCUGAUUUCUUCGGCCAUUGACGAGCAAGGCCUCAUGCAGAAACACCGUCUUGAAGAAGACGAAGCGGCAAGUGUGGCAGCCAUGGCACAUGAUGUCGUCCUACAAAGUGCUCCGGACGAAAUGGAGUUGUUGCCCAAAGCUGCCAGAACACGGACCAAGUCAGAAGACCAGAAGAAAGACGAGAUCGAACUCGAGGAGCCAUGGAUAAUGCGUCGCAGUGCCAGCGAGGCGCUGCUACAGCUACACGAAGAGCUAGAUUCACUGCAAAGAGAAAAAAUCAGCCUAGCGAAUAGACUGCGAAAGGAACUAUCUGCGCCUAGUUUGAUACUCAAGUCCACUCCGGGCCUGGGCCACAUCUGCCAUAUCCGUAGCGCUACAGGAUUUAAUCGAGAGAAGCUGGAAUCGCUUAAUGCAAAAAUGGUCUCGUCUUCGAAGAGUACUCGCUCCUUCUAUCUGAGCGACUGGACACGGCUGGGCCGACGGAUUGAUCAAGCGGUUUUCAACAUUCGGGACGAAGAAAAACGGAUCUUUACCACGUUGAGGGAGCUUGUCAUCAAGAACCUGGUCACCUUGAGGCGCAAUGCGGCAGUCAUCGACGAACUAGAUGUUGCAAGCGGCUUUGCUCUCCUCGCGAAGGAGCAAUCAUGGGUUCGGCCCAUCCUGAAUAAUGGUACCGAGCACAAAAUUAUCGGGGGCCGGCACCCUACCGUCAAAGAAGGACUGGAAGAGCAAGGCAGAUCUUUUGUCAGCAACAAUCUCAUCCUUGACCACAACGAGCGCAUGUGGCUAGUCACAGGGCCUAACAUGGGGGGCAAGAGUACAUUUCUCCGGCAGAAUGCUCUGCUUACGAUCCUUGCGCAGGCCGGCUCAUAUGUGCCAGCCGUCCACGCGGAGAUUGGGCUUGUGGACCAGAUCUUCAGCCGGAUAGGCGCUGCGGAUGAUUUGUUUCGAGAUCAGUCUACUUUCAUGGUCGAGAUGCUGGAGACUGCAGCCAUUCUCAAACACGCCACUCCAAAGUCAUUCGUGAUCAUGGACGAGGUAGGUCGAGGCACGACCCCUGAUGAUGGCACAGCCGUUGGGUAUGCGAGUCUGCACCACCUUUAUCAUGUCAACAAAUGCCGGACGCUUUUCGCGACCCAUUUCCAUGCACUCGCGGACAUGACGCGGAGUUGGUCAAAAUUGGGCUGUUACUGCACGGAUGUGCUGGAGGACGAAAAUGGCUCAUUCAUGUUUCUGCAUCGGUUGAAGAAGGGUAUCAACAAACACUCCCACGCAUUGAAGGUUGCGAAAUUGGCUGGACUGCCUCCAGCAGCGCUUAAAGUUGCAGAAGAUGUUCUGCAACAGAUUACGGCGGAGAAGAGUAAGAAAGAGGAACAAGGACCUCCAUCAGAGGUAACAGGAGAAAGGGGAAAGGCAUUGAUGGGCGCAACCGGGUGA